UAUUUGGGACCCCUGGCCUAUUUCAAUUCUUCUAGGCAAUGGAGCUAGAGAAAUUCAUCUUUGAAGAGAGUAAUGGUGAUCAGAAGGCGGAUGCAAGUGAUGGAGAAAACCAGAGUGGAACUUUGGCUUCAUUUUUAUCGAGUGACUCUGAGGCUCCAGAUGAUCUGUCCCAUGGCUCGGAAUCGUUUAGUAUGCAAGAUCUGGAUGCACCAAGGGCCAUCUCCAUAGAGAAGAAGCUGUCUUGGCUGCGCUCCCAAAUCGUGGUUGGUGAUGCAGAAUUCAGCUCUCCCUUUGGAACCCGCAGGAUAACCUAUGCUGAUCACACCGCCUCAGGCCGGGGUCUGCACUUCAUCGAAAACUAUAUCGUCAACACUGUUCUUCCCUUCUAUGGAAACACUCACACAUGCGAUAGUUUCGUGGGAGACCAGACUACAAAAAUGGUGCAUGAAGCGACCAAGUAUGUAAAGAGGUGUCUGGGUGGUAAACCAGACGACGCACUACUGUUCUGUGGCUCUGGCACCACUGCAGCAAUCAAACGGCUACAAGAAGUAAUGGGAAUCACUGCUCCAUCGAUUGUGAGGGAGAAGGUAUUGAAGACUCUAAGGAACGAAGAAAGGUGGGUAGUUUUUGUUGGGCCUUAUGAGCACCACUCCAAUCUCCUUUCAUGGAGGCAGAGCCUAGCAGAUGUUGUGGAGAUUGGUCUGGAUGACAAUGGCUUACUCGACAUUGAAGCUUUGAGACAAAAACUUGAGUCAUACCAACACGCCAAUCGCCCGCUAUUGGGUUCUUUCUCAGCUUGUAGUAAUGUAACCGGAAUUUACUCCAACACUCGAGCUCUGGCUGAGCUUCUUCAUCAGUACGGAGCCUUUGCAUGUUUUGAUUUUGCUGCAAGUGGCCCUUACGUGGAGGUCGACAUGAGAUCAGGGGAGAUUGAUGGCUACGAUGCUAUUUUCCUUAGUCCCCACAAGUUUCUGGGAGGACCUGGAACCCCUGGCAUUCUUCUAAUGAGCAAAAUCCUCUAUCAGCUGGGUUCCUCCCCUCCAUCAACUUGUGGGGGUGGAACUGUUUCUUUUGUCAAUGGCUUCAGUGAAAAGGACACCUUAUAUGCGGAUGACAUAGAAGAAAGGGAAGAUGCCGGAACUCCACCCAUCAUCCAGAAAAUCAGAACAGCGUUGGCUUUCUGGGUAAAAGAAUACGUCGGUUACAAUGUUAUCGAACAACUGGAGCACAAGUACACUGAAGCAGCGUUGCAAAGACUUCUUCCAAAUCAAAACAUAAGGAUUUUAGGAAAUACAACUGAAAAGCGACAGGCCAUUCUGUCGUUCCUAGUUUAUUCCACUACGAAUUCCUCCUCAGAUGGCAGAGAGGAAACAGAAGGAAGAUUUUACAUGUGGAGAGAAACAGGAAACAAGAGGGGUAAGCCCCUUGAUGGGCCUUUUGUCGCCAAGCUCCUCAAUGACCUGUUUGGCAUCCAAGCUCGAGGUGGGUGUGCUUGUGCUGGACCCUAUGGCCACAGCUUGCUCAACGUGGACCAGACCCGUUCACUUGCAUUCAGAUCUGCCAUCCAAAAGGGUUACAAUGGAAUAAAACCCGGAUGGACCAGAAUCAGCUUCCCCUACUACAUGUCUGUUGAGGAGUUUGAGUUCAUCCUAGCUGCACUGGAAUUCAUAGCUACUUAUGGCCAGCGGUUCCUUCCUUUGUACCACUUCAAUUGGAAAACAGGCAACUGGACUUUCAAGAAGAAGGCACUCAAGGAUACACUAGCAGGGAAGGAAAACAGCAAAAAUUUUGGUGACUUGAGUCUGGCCAGGGCCAUGCAGACAUUUGACAUAACUGGCGCAGAAGUGCACCAUGAUGCUGACAAUAACAAUGAAGUGAUCAAGAAAUACACAUCAUAUUUGGAGACUGCUAAAUACAUUGCUAGUCUCCUUAGGAAGUUCCCACCUCAGCGUAGGGUUCCACAAGACAUAGAGCUAGGCCUCGUGUCCUUCAGAGUGUAGUUUUCCAUUUCAUUUUUUGGGUUUUUUCAUUUAGAUUUGCUUCAUACCCCAGAUUCAUAAUAACAUCUGAUGUUCUUUAUUUAA